GGUCUUGCAGGCUGAGCUCUGGAGGAAAUGUGGGGUACGGUUACGUAAACGACUUCAGCCUUACAGUCUGGGCGAGCUCUACUUGGUUUGGAGCCUGGCGUCUUAGGCGGUUCAAGAAGCCCGGCGCUCUGCGCGGUUUAGAACCAGCGUUCUGGUUCAGAUGUGUUUUGUGUUUGGCGCUCUGGACGGUGUUGUCUGUGAUGUGAUUGAUCUGGCGCUCUGGAUGAUCAUAUGGUCCAAUGUAAUUCGGCACUUUGUCUGUACUGUACCUUUUACUGUCAACCUCUUCCAAUGCAACCCAAAUUGCAUUGCAACGGUCUGAAGCAUGGUGUUCUCGCGGCAUGGUGUUAAUGUGAGAUGACGGCAGUCAGUGCAGGCAACACAGACAGACAGUCAUCAAGUUCAUUCUGUGCAGAGUCGAGGGACAGUCAGAUAAGUAUGGUUUAUUGCCUUGAGUUUUAGUAUUUUAGCCUUAUUGUAUUCCUAUAUCAAGGGUUUUCCGAGGAUUGAAAAGUAGCCUGGUGCUUGGGGGAGUGGUUUAUUUGAGUGGGCAUGGCCUCAAAUAUUUUGACCCUUGAAAUUACUAGUAGUUCUGAUGUAAUCAUUUAUAAUCUACUGUAAAUGUAAUAGUGCCUCUCGCCACCAUACAGUAUUGUGCGUCGGCUUGUUUCGGCUCACUUGCGCAUGUGACCUCGAGCUCCUCAUGUUUGCAUCAUCAAGUCACUUCUGAAGUAUUAUGACUUGAUGUGUCCAUAUUUUGGACUGGAUGGCAAUAGUUUGGAAUUUUGCAGUGAUCAACAGGAUUACGUCAACUUGAAAUUCCAGUCUAUUGAAAAUGAAGACGAGUCACAGUGUCAAGCAUAUUUUGUGCCUUGCUUGCUACAGAGAGAGUCUUCACUCUUAUCUACAGAGAUACCCUACAGUCAUAAGACUGUUGCUCUUAUUUUACAUUCUAGUAAUAUUCGUAUGUCUAAGCCUUUAUUCUACCGUCUACUCACUCGGUUGGCAAAUCGAUUUUGUUGUUUGCCACAAUUGUUUCAGAAUGUUAGCUACUUCAGGGUUUAUCACCACAAGCUGGAGAUUUCAUUAGACAAGCACAGUUUGCAGAUGAUUGUUUACACUGACCACAAGGAUCCUCUUCCAGCAGUAUGUGCUCUUGUCAAAGAUUUUAUUGUCACUUCAGUUGACGAAGCUAAACAACAAGGCAUGCCAGGAUUAAAGCUGCAACUAGGUUACAUGUGGAGCAAUGCAGAUCACAUUGGAGCUGAUUCUGAAUUUGUGUCUCUGAAAGGAUGGAAUCAUUUACCAGAAACCGUGUAUGUUAAAUCAGUGGACAAGGAAGUCAGACUUUCAGAAACCCUACAUGCUUGGUUUCCUGCAAACAGUGAGUUUGCUAUUCUUUUGGAGCCUAAUAUGUACUUGGCACCUGAUACAAAAUUGCUACAUUCUGAGCAACGAAAGAGUUUAGUUCAACGCCUUCAACUCUGUCCAAUACAGUCAACCACUCCAAUUUCUCAUCUCCUGAGUGACACUCAUGUUCAUGAAUGUCUUCAAAAGGUAGCUGAAGUUAUGGAUAAAGAAGAGGAUGUAAUAUGUGACGACUGGAGGCGUUUGUGGUGUGACCUACUUGAACGACCUUUCAGUGAAGAAAUGAAGACGAAGAUUCGAGAAACUGCAAGUCCAACUCUCUAUGUUUUGGGAAAAUGGAUACGCAAGUUAACAUCAGCAACUGUUGGCAAACUGAUGUCACGUCUCAGUGCUAUUUAUCGAAAUGAUGUGGCAGAAAUUCUGAUGAAAUACUUAAAUGAAGGAAACUCUAAGUUAAGGACAGUCACUGCAGACAACACAGAUAGACAGUCUUCCGGUGCAUUUUCUGAUGCAGACAUGUCCGAAGCAUCUACACUCAACUUACUUCCUCAACUUCAUGAUUCUUUGUCUGCAAUUUGUUUCAUUUUUGUCACCCACCUAUUUUGCAAUGGCCAAAAUAAAGGUUAUAAAAGAUGAAAACAGAGAUGACAUCUUUUGCCAGUGUCGAGCAGCAUUAGAGAUGUGGACAAACAACUUUACAGACAAAGCCAAUCGGCGGUCUGUAAUUCAAGCAAUGUGUGAGAUUGGCUACAGAUCUCAAUCAGUAGCAGUUUUUGGUCAUGACUUGGUACAGCAUGUGUGUCCAUCAUAAUUGUAUAUUAACUCAAAUGUAUUAUUGCUAUAGGGUUUCUAUUAAUAUCAAAUCAUUUUAUGUUGCAUAGUAAUGAAUGGAUGAAAUUACACUCUAACUGGAUACUAUUGUAUUGACAAAUAAAUUUUGUUAUACAAAACGUAAUGCAAA